GGGACUCGGGUGCCCCGGCCACACUCGCUUCCUACGCCUAUAAAAGUGGAGUGGCCGGGGAGGGCCGGCGCGGCCCUGGCUGUGGCCGCCUCUCUUCGCCCAAGGAGUUGACAUUUUGCAGGACUUGCGCGACGCCCCGUCGCCUGCGCUCCCCGGGACCCCGCCGCCGGGAGGAGGGGGCGGAGGAGGGUGGAGACUGCGGGGCUUGGCCAAGGAAGGCGCACAUCCUCGGGCUGGCGGCCGUGACGCGGCGAAGAUUAACUUUGCAUGAAUAAUGUGAGUGCGCUUGGAAAAGAGACCUUCUGCUCCCGGACUCCCCGGGCAGGCGCCCGCAGGCUGUCUUCCCGGGCAGGGGCGCUCGACCCGACCGGCUCGAGGGCACUGGCUAUAGGACCUCACCUUAUGGAGUCUUCCUGCCACCUUGAGAAAACAUUACUAUUGUCCAUGACUUUGGUGAUACAUCAGCAUUCCAGCGAAGUACCCAGCUGUUUGAAACAGCAGAUCUGCAAUUUCCCUCCUGUUGGACGUCCUGCGUGGGUGCCAAGUUCCACACGUGAGUUAAUGAAUAAGAAGGAGAUGUCAGUGAAGAAAAGGAUCCAGAAUGAUUACUAACCUAUGACUCCCAACAGUAUGACAGAAAAUGGCCUUCCAGCCUGGGACAAGCCGAAGCACUGCCCAGACCGAGAGCACGACUGGAAGCUAGUAGGAAUGUCUGAAGCCUGCCUCCAUAGGAAGAGCCAUUCAGAGAGGCGCGGCUCGCUGAAAAAUGAACAGUCACCACAUCUCAUCCAGGCCACUUGGACUAGCUCCAUAUUCCAUCUGGACCAUGAUGAGGUGAACGAUCAGAGUGUCUCAAGUGCCCAGACCUUCCAGACAGAAGAGAAGAAAUGUAAAGGGUACAUCCCCAGUUACCUGGACAAGGACGAGCUAUGUGUAGUGUGCGGUGACAAAGCCACUGGGUAUCACUACCGCUGUAUCACGUGUGAAGGCUGCAAGGGUUUCUUUAGAAGAACCAUUCAGAAAAAUCUCCAUCCAUCCUAUUCCUGUAAAUAUGAAGGAAAAUGUGUCAUAGACAAAGUCACGCGAAAUCAGUGCCAGGAAUGUCGCUUUAAAAAAUGCAUCUACGUUGGCAUGGCAACAGAUUUGGUGCUGGAUGACAGCAAGAGGCUGGCCAAGAGGAAGCUGAUAGAGGAGAACCGGGAGAAGAGACGGCGGGAAGAGCUGCAGAAAUCCAUCGGCCACAAGCCGGAGCCCACGGACGAGGAAUGGGAGCUUAUCAAAACUGUCACUGAAGCCCACGUGGCCACCAAUGCCCAAGGCAGCCACUGGAAGCAGAAGCGGAAAUUCCUGCCAGAAGACAUUGGACAAGCACCGAUAGUGAAUGCCCCAGAAGGUGGAAAGGUCGACUUGGAAGCCUUCAGCCAUUUUACAAAAAUCAUCACACCAGCAAUUACCAGAGUGGUGGAUUUUGCCAAAAAGUUGCCUAUGUUUUGUGAGCUGCCAUGUGAAGACCAGAUAAUCCUCCUCAAAGGCUGCUGCAUGGAGAUCAUGUCCCUCCGCGCUGCUGUGCGCUAUGACCCAGAAAGUGAGACUUUAACCUUGAAUGGGGAAAUGGCAGUGACACGGGGCCAGCUGAAGAAUGGGGGUCUUGGGGUGGUGUCUGACGCCAUCUUUGACCUGGGCAUGUCUCUGUCUUCUUUCAACCUGGAUGACACUGAAGUAGCCCUCCUUCAGGCCGUCCUGCUGAUGUCAUCAGAUCGCCCAGGGCUUGCCUGUGUUGAGAGAAUAGAAAAAUACCAAGAUAGUUUCCUGCUGGCCUUUGAACACUAUAUCAAUUACCGAAAACACCACGUGACACACUUUUGGCCAAAACUCCUGAUGAAGGUGACAGACCUGCGGAUGAUCGGCGCCUGCCAUGCCAGCCGCUUCCUACACAUGAAGGUGGAAUGCCCCACGGAACUCUUCCCCCCUUUGUUCCUGGAAGUGUUUGAGGAUUAGACUGACUGGCUUCAUUCUCAUAAUUCCUACAGCACUACUGGGUGUCAUUUCAUUCCAUUGCCUAGCUCCUUUUUGUUUGUGUCUUUGUUUCUUUGUGUUGGGAGGCACUGUCUGGGGGCAAAGGGAGGUUGUCCCUGGCAUACACACAGAUGAAACUGCCCCUUGAAUGGGAGUCCUUGUAGCUAUUGCAUUUCGUUCUCCAGUCCUUUGAUGUGAAUGCUUUGAAGGUUUUACAGCUGUGGAGGUAGGGUAGGGGAUGCUCAUUAAUUCACCAGCACCAAGCCAUCACCAGCUCCCGCCUGUCCCUGGUCAGAGACUCGAGCAAGCAAAAUGGCGCUGCAGAAGAACAAAGAAGGCUUAAAACCCAAGAUAACACGGUCAUCCUGAUCCAAUCCUGAUUUUCUUCAGGGCUUAAGUUAGCGGUGCACAGACCACCUUUGGUUAGACGUGGCUGUCCACAUUUUAGGGAAGGACUCAAACAAAUUUUCAUUUUCCAGCACUCUCUAUCCUCUCCUAGCAUCAUAACUUGGAGUGUACAGGAAUAUUUGUGGCCUAAAAUAAUCGGCUGUCCUUUCAGUAUCAAUUUUACAACCCUACGAUUUAGUUCAAGUUAUACAAGGGCACAUGACUCGAGGAUGUGCAGCUAUUUUGACUGACUGAGGUCAAAAAGGAAAAUAAUUGUCUUCAGUGAGCCCAGAGGAAUUAGAAAUCUUCACCAAUGUCAGUGACUCCACAGUUUCCAAAAAGUUACAUAGUAUUACCUCCCCGUAGGAAGUCUUCUUUACAGUUUAGGCUCAAAGGACACUUCCACAGAAAUCAGACCUACUUGCAAGGAGUCAUCCCUUUUCAAUGGCAUCUGCUCUGUCGUCUCCCAAGCUCCUGAAUUUUUUUCAUCCAGGUUGCAUCUUUGCUGAACUGACAAUAGAUUUCCCUAUGGAUUAAAUCUUCUAAUCAAGAAGAGAUAACAAGCUGAAAUGUGAGUCUUGUUCUGGAGGAAUUCUGAGGAGAGAUGAGUGUGGCCACAUUCUAAGUUGAAGGAAAUGCAGUGUUCUGAGAGCCCCUUUAGGAAGCUGGAGGAUGCUUCCUUCUGGUCUUAGAGCCUCCCGCUCUUUGCUGUACUCACAAAUGUCUCCCAGUCCCCUUUUUUUCCUCCAAUUUCGAGGCACUAAAUAGCUUGACUAUCUCUAAACAAAGACUAACCCUGCCACUGACCCUCUGCCCCUUGUACAACAUUCCCCUGGCAGAAACUCAACAGAAAACACCUGCAGACCAUACACACAGACACUCACUUUCGUUCCCCACCCAACCCACCUCCCAACCCACCUCCCAGUGACCUGCACUGGAGUAGCUGGUGCCCUGAAAACAAAGGUGACACCUCAUCACUUCAACAUCAGAAAUUGGGCAAAGAAUGUACCCAUGUAAUUGAAUGUAUCUCAUUCUUCACUGGCAUAGUAGAUAUAAACUAUUCUUUUGCCUGCCUUUUACUGCCUUAUCCUGGAAAUAUAGGGGAAAAUAAGCCAUAUCAGUGAGAUUUACCUAAAAGCAAAGGCGUGACAGUCACUGUGAAAACCAAGUGGACUAUUUUUUUUGUAAGUUUGGUGGAGCAGAACUGGCCCAGAAGCCAGAGUGUCUGAGUCUCAGUCUGUGCUCUGCCAACUGGUAGAUUUGUGACCUUAGGGCUUGGUUUUCUCAUCUAAUGAAUAAGUUAGGAUGUCUAAAAUCCUUCCCACCCUUAAUACUGUAUGAAUUUCACAUGCAGAAAUCUGAUUUUUGGAUGGUUUCUGUCACAGUCGAAUUUCUAGCUUUAUUGGACAAAAAGUAUAGCCCACUUCACAGUUAAGGAAUAUAUAUUUGGUACUGACUCAAAAUGAGAAUUUGACAUAAUACUAGUCAACUAUUUGGAGGCCUUGGAAAAAGAAGAGGAACAGCAUCAAAAAUCUCAAGUAUGAUUGGAAAUAAUUGGGGGAGGGGAGAAUUACAUGUUCAAUGCACUAAAGCAAUUUUACUAGCUUCUGGGGAAAAGGAAACAUGAACAUCGCUAUGGAAUCUGUUAAUCAGAGAAAGGAAGUAGAAGAGAUUACAUUAUAAGCAUGAAGUUCAUGGGCAGAUUACCUGCUCUGACUUUUAUCUACAGGCAGGUUUUAUUGCGGGGGUUUUUUUGGUUUUGUUUUGUCUAGGCUUGCUUUGUUAACAUCUCAGUUCCCUCUGUUUAGCUCUCUUUGGAGAACUACUCUUUGAAAGAGACACACUUAGCCACCUCUAUGCUCCAGGGGAACUCUGGGCAGCUUUGCUCUCUGGGGCAAGUUUUCUUCCAAAGGGCAUGAGAGGAAGGAAGGCAAGCAGGUGGGUACCAGACAGGUUCAUAAACUCCUGGGACAUCAGGCCUUCUGGAGGAAGUUUCCAUAUUUUGUUUGAUAUAUACUGAUACUCUGUAGUAUAUCAGACACCCAGAUUCAAACGUAAGCAGAGAGCCUGAUCUCAAGUGAAAUCAGAAUGCUUUAGGGAUUAAUCGCAAUUGGGAAUUCGCCAAACAGUACAGCAUAUCUGCAGUAAGCCAGCCAGCCCCAAGGAAAGGAAAGUUUGAUCUUCGGCUCCUUGAGAGAUCACCUUAAGUAGGCAAACCUCUCUCUGAUCCAGAAAUCUUGUUGAAGGCUACAUACUUUAUGCUAAGUAGGACAAGCCUUAGAAUACUUCAGGUUGAAAGUAAAAGCUAUAGGACUCACAGGCUCUUGAGCCUCUGAGCCGGUAGUCAAAGUGACUAACCUCGUUCCUUCUGAAACUGACAGAGGUACUUAGUGCAUCUCAAGACUCCAUCUCAUAAAACUCGAUCGUGAGGCAUUUGCUCUGGAUUUCUUUUAAACAUUUUUUUUCAUGAAUUGUCCCAACUUUCAAAUCAAGUAUGGACUUGAUGGAAACACCCUUUGCACCUGCACCCCCACACACACCCCUGCCGUGGGGACCCAUCCCAGUACAGGAGAACACACCCCUUAUGCUGGGAUUCUUACUUAUAAAUCACUUCACUUUUAGAGAUGAGUGGUGUAUGUGCGUGUGUGUGAGUGUGUGUGUGCGUGCACGUGUGUUUGUGACCCUCAAGUGUACUUUGCUCUUCAAUUUAGAUGUGCAGUAUUUCCAGAAAUAGUGAAAAAAGUAAGAUCUUUCCUUCUUUAUGAUUCUGCUCAAAACACCACGUGCCGCCUCAGAGCUUUUUCUAAGUCAAAUGAGCCUCAGUCCUCAAUGACGCGCUUGCCGUGUUGAUGCCUCAGCCCAGCGAAGCCCCCUCCCUUGUGCCCCGAGUGACGCCUCUCCCGUCCACCACAGCGCAGUCACCGGGUGGACUGCCAGGCCCCGGUGCUGCGCCAGCAACGUCAUUCUCGUUGCUCCUCCUCAAACAGGGCUACGAGCCUUGGCCCCUCCUCGACACUACGCACCCCCAGACUCAGCCUCCAAGGAACCGCUGAGCACCCUCAAAGCAUGUCAUUGUCAGUGAUACCUUUUUAUUCUACAGAACUCUAACCUAUUCGUGUCCUAUUGACCUUUUGCUGCAUGAGUCAUAAAUUAUGAAAUCGGUCUUAUGGUUUUUGAAAUGUAGCCAGCAUUUGUAAGGCUAAACCUUUUUCAUGAACUGAACAACCAAGCCACAGUUCCUCUUCAAAAGGAGAGUGAUGACAGACAUUUGAAUCUCUUUGCCCUUUCCAACGGCCAUUGCAUCAGGUUCUAAAAUAAGCUCGUAAUUUUUCCUGUUAUUUUAAUAAUAUGGAAAUAUUAGCAUAGUGUUUCUUUUGAUAGUGAUAGACUAUAAUCCAUAUUUAAAUUUUAUAGAGAAGAAAUUUUAUUGUACUGUGAUGUAGAUAUUUAUUAUCCAGGUAAGGAUUUGCCCGGUGUGUAUUUUUUACAAUUGAGACAUUUUACUUUAAUCUUUAAAAAAAAAUACAUUAAACACACACACACACACACACACACACACAACAGACUAG